AUGUCCAGUCAAACUCCUUUUUACUCUCAGGGCUUUAAUUUUGAGAGCUUCGUUCAGAAAGGGGUGGACCCUCGCACUGGACAAUACUCAUGCUCGGUCGACAUCUAUGAAGCACCGGCCCAGACGCGCAAUUGCCCCGAAUUCAAGCUCACGCUCAGCUAUCAUGCUCUCAACACCCAGGACGUCGGCCUUGGCACCGGCUGGUCUUUUAAUCUGUCCUCGUACGAGCACCGGCAACGGAAGACACUGAUACUGUCGACCGGGGAGAACUACCAGGUCACCGAGACAGCCAGUGUUUUCCUUGUCAAGGAACAAAAACUCAAAAGUUUCCGGGCCAGGAAGAUUGACUCGGGCUAUGAGGUGGUCUAUAAGUCAGGCCAGACAGAAAUUCUGUCCAAUGCGAAUGAUACGUAUGAUCGAUCCGUCCCGAUUGCGCUGUACGGCUCCAAUGGUCGCUCCCUCCGGUUCAUCUGGGAACGAUCGGGCUCACAGCCCCGGCUCAGCAAGAUCCAGGAUGGUGGCGACGAUCUACUGGAGGUGCGGUACGAAACCUCCCAAGUAAGGAUCACACAGAACCCUGGCACCCCGGAAGCUAGCACCUUGACCCUCGUUCAAAGGAACAACCAGUUGAAGGAACUCCAGUUGCCAGUGAGCGAGAUGCCACCUUGGGAGUUCUCUUACGUGCCAUUGGGUCAGUUCACCGGCCUCUCGCAGGUGAAAAGUCCCAUAGGAUUGAUUGAAGAAAUAAACUAUAAACGGGACGGACAUCGCAUGCCAGCCCGGGCGCCGUAUGACGCGAUCCCUUAUGUGAUUUCUCACGUCGUGCGGCCGGGCCGCCAGCAGCCCGCGAUCAGAACGUCAUACAGCUACUCCACGUAUAACUUUCUCGGGUACAAUGGUGGCCGAGAUUGGAGUGCUACCGGAGAUAAUCUGUAUCAAAUGCGCUCGGAAUAUCAGUAUACCUCAACGGUGGAGGUCGAAGGCGGAAUGAAAACAACGUACGAGUACAACAAAUUCCAUCUUCCCGUCGUGACUCAGCAGCAGCAGGGCACGAAGAAGACCACGCAGACCAUCGAAUAUUACGCAUCUCCUCUUACAUCAUUCGAUGACCAGCCUGCGCAAUACCAGCUGCCGAAAAGCGUGACGAUAGCCUAUGCAGACAGCCAAAGUCAGGCGGAGCGGACGGAAGUUACUAGAUAUGUGUUUGAUGAAUGGGGGAAUCCAACGCAAGAAGUCAAAGCCGACGGCGUGACGACUGAUCGCACCUACUAUCCGCCAGAAGGGGAAAAGCUGUCUGGGUCUGGGCAGGUGCUGUGCCCGGCGGAUCCUCAUGGCUUUCAGCGCUAUCUGAAGACUGAAACGCUGACACCGGCGACAACCUCAUACCCCACACCCACUCGGAGUGAGCGCUUUACGUACCAUGAACUUCCUACAGCAACCAAUGCCCCGACGAACACGUUUGUCGCUGUCAAGGACCGUGCCACCCGCGCGGGGGACCAGUUACUGAGCAGCGCAGAGUUCGCAUAUGUCAACCAGCCGGGGUCAAGAGACCAUGGGCGCAUCCAACAGGAGACCACAUGGGUAUCUCAAAAUUAUGCUACGGUACAGACAUCGGUCUAUCAGUAUCCAAGCAGCGUCGAGUUCAAGCGGGCUCUGACCACUACAACCUUCGACGGCGUUAUCGUCAGAGACGAGACAACCUUUUCGCUGUGCUCCGGAUUACCCCUGCUCCAGAAAGAUGAUGAUGGCGUGCAGGACCGCUUCGAGUAUGACAAACUCGGCCGGAUGCUCAAAGCCACGGCUGCACUGGGCACCCGAUAUGAAGCAACGCGCCAGAAUGAGUACUCCAUCAACCAGGACGGAACCGGCUGGCUCUUGUCAAUGACGGAUGCCAAGGGCAUUCGAUCGCGAUAUAUUACCGACGGUCUGGAACGGAUAUGCCAGGUGGAAAAACAGGACGAUGGCGGCACCUUCCGCCUGGUACAGGAGCGGGGCUAUAAUGCCCAGGGCCAGUGCGACAAAACAGCCGAGAUUGAUUGGCUGACUACGAAGGGUACUGCAGUGGAACAACGCAGUAGUCAGGAACUGGAAUACGAUAACUGGGGGCAGGUCUGGAGGACAACAGACAGCAGUGGUUUGAUCACAGUCGUGCUCACAGAUCCGAUCAGCUUGACCCGGACAGAAAAGAUCGAGGGUGAAGGACAAACUGUCACUAAGUUAAAUGUUUCCCGCGCUCCGACCCAGACUACGCUGUUGCGAAAAGAUGGAACCCAGUAUAGCAAGGUCGAGUACCGCUACGAUGGCCUUGGCCGCCUGGCGGAGAAGGAAGAUGUUUUAGGUCGCAAGACGCUGUACGAAUCCGAUACCUUUCACCGCGUCACGAAGACCACUUGGCCCGGGGGCCGGGUGGCCACUGUCGACUAUGCGAUCCAAAGCGCUGCAACGUUACCUAUCGCAGUCAAAGUCAAUGGCAUCACUCUGGCUGAGCAGUCCCUGGAUGGGUUGGAUCGGGUCACGGAGAGAACUGUCGGCGCGCGAAUCACGAAGCAAAUGUAUCGGAGCAGCAUGCCACAACCGGCACAGAUUACGACGCAAAAGGGUCAUGAAUCCAAUCUGACCUAUGAGCCGGGCUUGAGCCACGCAGUCACAGAAGUGAUUGGCCCGGGUGUUGAAGAUGCGUACGGCUAUGACCCGCAGAGUGGGCUUCCAACACUGCUCACAUCCUCCUACAGCACCCGGGACCUCCGGUAUUCUCCAUCGGGGCGCCUAAGUCACGAAACGAUCCAGAUCGCCCAAGGCGCAGGCUUCUCUGCACAGUCGACAUACUCGAUGGCCGGGAAGUUGCUCGGUUACACGGAUGUGCACGGACAAGAAUAUCAGGCCGAGUAUGAUGCUGCUGGACGAAUGAAAUCGAUGAGCCUGGAGAAAGCGAACGAAGAGACACUGAAAGUCUCCUUCUCGUACGAUAAUUCAAGCCGUCUAACACGCACAGAAGUGCAGGACAAAGCACGCAAUGCUAGCCUAGCCUCGAGUCUCUCCUAUGAUGACUUCGGCCGGGAGGUCGAGCGGACUGUUUUCCAAGGGACCAAAAAGGUCUACCAGCUAACCCAAUCGUACGGUGAGACAGGGCUAGUCACUACGCGGCACCUGGAAGACGGUGAUGGCAAACUUUUACGAGAUGAGGUCUUCGUGUACGAUAUCCACAAUCAUCUUGUUGAGUACAAUUGCGAGGGGAGCCAGCUGCCUUCGCUUGAGCAGGGCCGUCUUCGAAGCCAACACUUCAGCUUCGACGAAUAUGACAAUCUAGUGGAAGUGAGAACCCACUUUGAGGAUGGGAGUGAAAAUAUUUCGCGCUAUUCACACAGCGCAGCGGAUCCAACCCAGCUCAUCCGGAUUACCAACACCCACCCGGAUUUUAGGGCUCAAAUCGACCUGGAGUACGAUGCCAACGGCUGCCUGACCCGAGACGAGCACGGUCGCACCCUCGAAUAUGACAGCGUGAACCGCUUGCAAGCAAUCCGAGAUGGAAGUGGUGCGGUCGUCAGUCAGUACCGCUACGACGCGUCUGGACGGUUGAUCUGUCAGAUGAUCCCCGAACAGCCAGACACCUAUCUCUUUUACCGAGAGGACAAACUCAUCGCAACGAAGUCAGGGGAUCGCCAUGUGAGCUAUAUAUCUGACGGCAAUGAAUACUGGGGGCAGUCCGUACAAGAGGGGACCGCCACGCAAACUCAACUGUGGGCUUCUGACGGCCAUCAAUCCGUUCUUACCUGGUUGGAUGCCCACCAGCCUGGUCAGAUUCACCAUCAGCAAUAUACGCCAUAUGGCCACAGCGCCGCAGGGUCAUCGCCCUCUAUUGCCUUCAAUGGACAGUGGCGUGAUCCCGUGACCGGAUGGUACCACUUAGGCAAUGGGUACCGCGUGUACAACCCAGUCACGAUGCGGUUCCUUACGCCAGACUCAUGGAGCCCCUUUACCACCGGCGAGAUCAAUCCUUAUGCUUACUGCUCCGGUGACCCAAUCAACCGCAUUGACCCCAGUGGGCAUUUUGGCUUUUUCAAGAAGCUCUUCAAGAAGUUCAGUUGGAAGAAUCUUAUCACCGCGGUGGCCGGACUGGCAGUCAGUAUUGGGGUCGGCAUCCUCACAGGGGGUGCAAGUCUGGCGAUCCAAAUCGGUGUCGGAAUCGCGGCGGGGGUUGUGGCAGGUGUUGCAGCGGGUGCCUUGGGCGAUCUGGCAGAUGGAAGGACGCCAACCUGGAAAUCGGUGGCAGUCGAUGCCUUCGGUGGACUGGUCGGCGGGGCCCUCGGGGCAGUUGGCGCGGGGGUCGUAUCCGGCGCAUUCAAGACCGCCAUACAAACCCAGCUGGGUCGAGUUGCAUCCUACGCUCUCGUAAAAGAAUCCUUCAAGACAGUGCUAAAGGGCGUCGUUAAAGAUGCGGUCGUUGGAGUGAUCAUUGCCGAAGCGGCAGGCCAUGUGAUCCCCUACGAAAAGGCCCUAUACCCAUCCUCUGGGGCGAAUGAGUCUCAAUCUCAGAGCCAUUCAAAUGAUCAAUUGCCGGAUCAGUCCUCUAGGGCUAGGGACCUCAGUAGACCAGCUCCGGGGCAAGGCGAAGCUGCCUCGGCCAACAUGCCAGGUUCGAGUUAUGGAGUUAACUCGGGUGUGAGAGUCGGACAGUCGAUUCCCGACCUGUUGAAUCGGGAACUCACCUGCACUUUCGGGCCGGUGGGCUUACCCCAGAGCAGGCCACAGUCCACGGGGAGUGGUGCUCUUGAGGCCCUCGAAAAGAGACGAAAGAUGUAUGCCUCUAUGAGAAGCAGCAUACGGAGACCACAAGGGUCGACUGGGGGAAAUCCUAUGCCUGGCUCCGGAGCGUAG